AAGUGCUCCCAUUCACCAUCUCAAUGUCGGGUUCUUGAACCCUAAGUUCUCCCAUUCACCAUCUUCGGCAACUUCGUCCGGCAAGCUUCACAGUGAUCGACGUCCUUUCCGGCCAAGGUCUAGUCUCAUCUUCAUCUCUGGCGAGACCUACUCAUUUCUGAUGUGACCCGUUUGCGUUAGGGGGCUACUUUCAAACCAACAUCUGACUGUGUUCACAAUAUCCAGCCAAGUUCUACUCAUCUUGUUCAUUUCCAGCAAGACCCACACAUUUUCCAACGAGACCAUCUGCAUUGGGGGCUUUUUCUGGUGUUGUAUCGAGGGGCCUUUUGUAUAUCAAAGAGGAUUUUGAGGUUGUGCAGAGAAGUAGCUUCCUUCAGGAAUGGUGGGUUUAUCACUUGGAGAAAAACAUUUCAUACACGGUGGCAUUGCUCAAGAUCUUCGUUGUGAUGGCAGAAAGAGAUUGACAUAUCGACCAAUCUAUGUUGAAACUGGAGUCAUUCCCCAGGCAAAUGGCUCAGCAAGAGUCAGAAUGGGUGCCACAGAUGUCAUUGUCAGUGUUAAGGCUGAACUAGGAAAGCCAAGCUCAUUGCAACCUGACAAAGGAAAAGUCUCUAUAAAUAUUGAUUGCAGUUCAACUGCUGAGCCAGCUUUUGAGGGUAGAGGGGGUGAAGAAUUGUCAGCAGAUCUGUCAUUUUCUCUUCAACGCUGUCUCUUGGGUGGUAAAAGUGGAGCAGGUGCUGGAAUUGACCUCUCCUCGCUGCUUGUCAUUGAAGGAAAACUUUGUUGGGAUCUUUACAUUGAUGGGCUUGUUGUUAGUUCAGAUGGAAAUUUGUUGGAUGCUCUAGGUGCUGCCAUCAAGGCUGCCUUGAGCAAUACGGGUAUCCCAAGAGUCCAAGUUGCUACUGGUGCAUCCAGUGAUGAGCAACCAGAAGUUGAUGUAAGUGACGAGGAGUUUCUACAGUUUGACACAUCUGGCAUCCCCGUAAUAGUUACACUGACUAAGAUUGGGAAGCACUAUAUUGUGGAUGCCACAUCCGAAGAGGAAUCACAAAUGAGCUCUGCUGUUUCUAUCUCUGUUAAUAGGCAAGGCCACAUCUGUGGUAUAGCCAAACGAGGAGGUGCGGGACUGGAUCCAAGCAUCAUUCUUGAUAUGAUAUCUGUGGCCAAGCAUGUAAGUGAGCAGUUAAUAAACAGAUUGGAUUCAGAAAUAGCUUCUGCCGAAGCUGAAGAAGAGUCAUGACAGGUGAUAAUCAGGACGUACCUUAAACUUAAAUUGUGUGGUUGACUUGGACAAAAUUUUGUAUCAUGGUAACUCUCACUUGAUAGGGAUUAAAGCUGUUAGAAUGCUUCAGAAAUUGUUAUGUCUUCUGAGCAAUGUAGCCCUGAAUUUAGGUUUGAGAUGGUUGUUUUGAUGCCAUGCUAGGUGUUAAGUUGUAGCUACAGUGACAUUGCUGACUGAUGUGGUUUGCAAUGUGAGGAAUAGGAUAAGGUUUGCUAUCACAGGCUAAAUGCAUUCUCCAUAGUCACCGACUUAAGUGUCAAUCAGUAGCUGAUUUGGACCAAAGAUUUAAAUCAUUUAUGCCAUGUACUUUGUC